CUUCUCCCUGCAGCUCCAGAGCUUUGCCGACUCCCCAGAAAGAUGUGCUCCCGUGGAUCCUGCCACAGUCGCGAGACCUCCUGCCACAGCUCCCGCUCCUCCUGCCAUGACUCAGGGCCCUCCUGCCAUUCCACCUUCCAGAGGGAACCCGUGCCCCAGUUCCCCUGCGUGACGCCAUGCUGCCCCCCUGUGCAGCGCUACUGCCCCCCUGUGCAGCGCUACUGCCCCCCUGUGAAGACCUACUGCCCCCCUGUGCAGCGUUACUGCCCCCCCGUGCAGCGCUACUGCCCCCCCGUGCAGCCCUACUGCCCCCCCGUGCAGCCCUACUGCCCCCAGUACACCAAGAACAUCUGCAAGCUGCCGCCAAUGUACCCCAAGUACUAG